GAACAUCAUGUAUACUAACAUUGAGGCUUUUAUUGUGAAGGUAUGAACUUCCUGUGUGUGUGUGUGUGUGUGUGUGUGUGCAGCUGCUCUCAGUGUGUGUCUGAUCAGUGUCAGCUGUUGGAUCGUCUCCCGUCUCUCUGUCUGGAGGAGCUCCUCUCCUACAGCAGCAGCCUCAGCUCCUUCUACCACCUCAACCACACCUACACGCCGAGUCCGGAACACCUGCACAAUCUCCACCCAUCACCCAGCAACCUGCCCCAACCAGAACCCAGUGAGCGGAAACCAGAGGCGAUGACAGGGAACCAACCAAUCAGCUCUCAGAAUGACACUGACCCUGCCCAGCCCCCUCAGGAUUGGCUGACUCAAGCGGAGUCCCCGUUGCUGGAUCUAUGUGACAUCAGCAGUGAUGUCAUAUUUGCAUCAUCAAGGGGCGUGGUCUAUAGUGGCCCUGCGUUCAGAUGCCAAGCCUUCGACCUGCCAGACCACCUGCAACACGAAACACACCUGAGCCUGUUUCCUGUGGAGCUGCUCACCCACACACUCAGCAGGAUGCGAACUCUGUUCUUGGACCACCUGGAGCUGCACGUCCAGGAUGUCCUCAGCUCAGCUGUUGCCACGGUGACGGACAGAAAGGAGGUGGUGCGUUUGGAGCAGGAGCUCCAACUGAAGCAGCUGAACCCCCAAUACAUCCAGACCCACAUAUACCAAACCCGCCUGGCUGAGCUGCAGAUCCACAGACAGCGAGUGGAUGAUCACUGUGAGGAGGUGCUCAAUGUGUUGACCUCCUGCAGGGUGGAACUGCAGGAGCUGCAGGCCUCCAUCAGCAGGAAGAACCAGGAGUUCACUGUCCUUCUGUCCAACAUGGAGCACAAUGUCCUGACAGCUGACAGCAGAAAAUGUGUGGAGGCUGUGAGCUCCACCCUGCAGGACUAUCUGGAUCGACAUAUCAAAGAGACUCAGAGCUGUGAGACCGCCUUCAGACAGACGGUUCAGACCAGGUUGAGGGGGGUCAGAGACAGAACAACACAACUCCUCAACUCCUUCAGGUUGUUUAGUGAAGGAGGUGAUUUUGCCCCUCGGGAGGUGAAGUCGUUUCAGAGGAGGCUGAGGGAGGAAACCAAACAGAUCAGCGUGACAGAGGAGUCCAUCCAAUCUGAACUGGAGGUGUUUGAGUCCAGGAGCUUACAGCAGGUGAGGGAGGCGUCUGGUCGCUUUGAGGAGAAACUCUCCUCCCUGAAGUCUGAGCUGAAUUUCACUGAGGAGAUCCAGAGAGUCAUCAGCAGCACUCAAGUUCACAUCAAGGCUGAGGCAGCCAGCAGUAACCAUCAGCAGUCCACCAUCGACAGCAGGCUGGAGGAUCUCAGGAGGACAAUGGACAGUUCACAGGUAUGUCCCCAACAGGUGUGUUCUGUCCUGUCAUCAGUCAGUGAAGAGCUGCUGAAGCGCUGUCAGUAUCUGGACUUCUCACUGGAAAGACGUACAGCUCAUCCUAAACCCAGGAAGCAGGUCCGGUCAGCUCCGCCUCCUGGCUUACUGCAGCCGAGCAGGACAAGUGUGGACCUCCUCUGUGACCCCAUGGUGGGUGUUAUCAAGUCUCUGAACAGGGUCUGUGUGAUCCAGGACGCUGCACCAGAAGCAGAUGAGCGAGGACAAACAGCAGCUGGUCAGGGUCCUGUCCAGCAUCCUCACCAGAGGCGUCCCGAGUCUGUGACUGCGGUCAGGGGCUGCAGGUCCAUCAGGACUGAAAGAAGGUUCCAGGCGUUUGGAGCAGAACCAGAACCUGAAGAGAACACACACUCUUUCAGCUCCACAGUGAGGUCUCUGUUGUGGAAAGCUAAUGAUGUCCUCCUGUCAGUUGCCGAGGACUUCUACCGGGGCGAGCGCUCUGGUCCCGGCAGGUUCCUGCUGCUUCCUGACACUUUGGACCAAUGGGCUGAGAGCAUGCAGCAGAGGCUGCUGGGAUACCAGGAACAAGCCAGGACGUUUCUGAGCACGAGCAGAGAGGAGUUGGUGAACCAGCUGUCUGUGUUGGACGAGCUGCGGCGUUUGUUACCCGCAGUGUUGAUCAGUAGCCAUGAGCGACAGCAGGAGGCGGAGCUGAGAGUGGAGGUGGGCGGAGUCAGACUGAAACUGGAGGAGAAACUGGCAGCCAGCGAGAAAGAGAAGCGUGAGAAUGUCCGUCAGCUGCGAGCGUCUCUGAGGGACGACGAGCUUCACGCUCUGAACAGCAGAGAGGAGCUCAGACAGCAGCAGCUGCACGGCACCAUCUGCUGCGCACACCUGGAACUACAGGAGUGUGUGCGAAUCAGAGGGGAGAAGCUUCAGACAUCACUGGCCUCUCUGACACAGAACCUGUUCUAUCAGCUGGGCAGCUUGCUCACACCUGCAGAAACUGAGGCAGUGACGUCGCCGCAGCACUCUGGAGACAGCACCUUUACCACGGAGACUGACGCAGGACAGAAACCUCAUCCGGUCAGCAGGAUCUCGUCUGGUAUCUCAGACUUCUUACCUUCCACUGACAGCACUGCUGACCAAUCAUCCAGUGUUACCACAGCAACAGCUGCAUCCAUCACUAUGACCAGGUGCACCCCAGGACAACUGGCUGUUUUAGAACAGAGAGAUGCUGCUGUGAAGAGGUCUGAGCAGCUGUUCAGGUCAGAGCUGUCACAGUCACAUGACGACAAGCAAAGACGACUGAGAGAACUGCAGAGCUGGAACACACACUGGAGGCAGCAGAUACACACUCUGACACACACUACACUGAAGUGACGGGGCCAGCAGCUGAUUGGCUGUUUGCUGUGAUGAUGUUUGUUAAUAAACCAUAGAAGAAGAA